AUGUGCGCUAGCGUCGGCCCACUAACUGGCAAUGGCGAUGGAGAAACAUCUAAGAAAGACUGUGAUGCGGAAGAUGAAGAGGAAGAUUUUGACAUUGAUGAACUGGAAUGUGUUGACGAAGCUGCUGAAGAAGAACGCCGUGAGCGAAGGCAUCAUGAACGUAGAGAAAGACAUUCGCGCGAAAGAAGAAAGCAUUCUGAUAUACCUGAGAAGUAUCGUCUCGAUCGUUAUCAUCCUUAUCGAGGGGCAUUUCGUGGACGACGUCUUCGCGAUACGUAUCGGCCAAGUAAACACAGUGAUGAUGAUCGUCACAAAAGUUCCAGAAAUCGAUCGUCACGUGAGAGGUCGCCGCGCAGGCAUACGCGAGAUUCGUCCCAUGACCGAACUCACCGACAUAAGGGAGAUAAUGAUGAAAAAGAUAUUCCAUUCGAAGAACUAGAGGAGGUGGACUGUUGCGACGAAGUAGGUGAUGAUGAGUUCACUGACGGUGCUUCCGGUACAGGCGAGUCUCAAUCCGGAGAGGACGAUGAUCUCGACGAUGCCAGUAUGCUGCCAAGAAUUCACGGCGCAUCUAAUGGCGACGAUGAUUUUCCUGACCUCUGUGAGGAGAUAGAUGUCGAUGCCAUGAGGCGAGCCGCUGCCGCCACCAAAGCCGUCCUCUUCGCUGACGAACAUGAGUCGCCUGAAAUUAUCAGUUCACCUCCAAAGCCCGAAGUCACAAAAACUAAUGGUGUUUCGAAUCGUGGAGAUGGAGGGAAAAAUGGCGUGUCUACUGGAAGUUAUCGAACUGUCGUCAAUGGUGAUCGACGAGAUGGUAGAUUUAAGAGCUCAUCCAACAACUACAGACGAAUUAUGGUCACGGAGCGUUUUUUGAUGUGUGUAAAACAGAUGAUUUUCCACUUUAGAAGCACGACGUCAUCAUCGCUAUGUAGAUCGAAAGAAGCUCGACCGUCUACGUCAGGUCAUUCAGACCGUCUGGAAAAGACCACGAAAGAAGACGCGGAGAUUAUUUCCGUGCGGGGACCGUUAGCUGGCGGUUGGUGUCAGGUCGACGAAGAAGAAAUUGAUGCUUCAACAUCGGAGCCUCGGGCUAGUUCCAAGGGAGGCAGCAGUGAUGCAUCGACGACGAAGCACAGAUCGUCGAGUAUGGACACUGAUCCAACAAAGCGUAGGUCCCAACUUAUUGAAGGAAAUGGCGACAAAUCGGACGGACCUGCCAAACAUAGCAAAACCUCGUCUCCUUUGAGAAGGAUUGACUCUUUUAAAAGAUCCCCUUCAACAGCGAAGGAUGGUUCUUCCCAUUUUGGAUCGCCCAGGAGAGGAGAGCAAGAAACAAGUCGAGAAACGGAUCACAGUGCCAAACGUGACAUCAAAUCACCUCAGCGGAAGUCAUCGAGCCAUCAACAGCAGAGGAAAUGGGACCGGUUGCGUACCACCGGCGUCAAGGACAAGAUUCCAUCGUUGCUGGACAUGUGCAUAAAUGGAAUAGAAGCGCAGCAAACAUCAACUGCAAUAUCGCUGAUCGACUGUAUUCGGGACAACUCGCAGUUGGCUGAUGAAGGCUUACAACGAGAUCGAUGUCUGGUUAACGGAAGCGAGAGCGACAGAAAUACGGCCAAAAGUCGCUCACUGCUCGAUAUGGACAUUCCCCCUCCAGAUCGUAAUGUGAUGCGUCGGUAUGCGAUUGCCCUGAAUAGUUGCGAGCUGAGAAAACGACCUGAUUACGAUCGAUCAGGGAAUCACAAGCAAGAUCUGCGUCGAUGGAGUCAGUUGCAUGUCGCCCCC